AUGGUUGCCAGAAAGUUCCUCUCUGUGUCUUCAUUCAAGACCGCAUCCAGAUGUUGGGUGCCCAUGACCAAGGCUCCAGCCUACAGAUCAUUUUCGUCUCGCCAGAGGUGUGUUAACUUCAACACGCUUGAGCACGAUGCUACCGUCAACAUGAUUUCCAACGACGAUGUUCUCCAGUCAGAAGACAUCAAGAACCCAAGUGAGACUCCAUUUGAGCCCACUGUCUUUUCGUCCGAGGAAGUGUUUACUGCUGGUCCAGUGAACAAGGCCUAA